UUCCCUCGUAUCUUCCUCACACUCGAUCCUCGUCUCCAGCGCAAUCCAGCUCACCGCUAGCUCUAGCUCUAGUGAAGAGAUGGCCGGCGCUGCAUCAGCUGCGCAGACCGCGGUGGUCGCCAUGGUGGCGGCGGCGAUGCUCCUGUCGGCCGCCAACGCUGCCGUCAGCUGUGAGCAGGUGAGCUCUGCCUUUGGCGGCUGCGUGAGGUACAUCCGCGGCAAAGGCCCCCUGCUCCCGGGCUGCUGCGACGACGUGAGGAGCUUCGCCAACUCCCUCACGACCACCGACGACAGGCGUGCCGCGUGCAUCUGCGCCAAGAACAUCGUCGGGCAGGCGCGUGAGAUCAAUACUGGGAAUUAUCUUGGCAUCCCGCGCAUGUGCGGCAUCCCAUCCUUCACCGUUAUCCUCGGAAGCUGCUAGAGACCCACUUUUAACUCAUAAAUAAUGAAGCUCUCGUCUCGUCUCCGUAUGAGAUCAGGAGGACUGCGAGUACUCCAGCGCGGUCCAGCCAGCUCUCCCAUUGUAUCGGUGUUUCAUUCUUCCUUUAUUGUCUUCCUUUGUGGAGGUUCAUAUAUAUACUCUGUCAAUGUUUGUCCAUCA